CCGCGCCGGGUCGCGUAGUGCCGGCUGCUCCGCCACCGUCCGGCAUGAAGCGCGGGGGUCUCGCUGCAGCCUGCUCUUCUCUCCGGCGCCAUGGUCUGCCUGCGGAGCCUGACCCGCUCUCUGCCGCUCGCGGCGGGGCUGCCCCGGCGCACCGUGAGUGCUCUGGCCUGGAGCCUGACCCCCGUGACGCGUCCUGUGAUCGCCCUGGGAAGGAACCCGGCGGCUCUGCGCUGUGGGCCCCGCCGGCUGCCCGUGGCAGGUGAAAUACAGCGGUUUAGAACUUCUGAUGUCUCUCAAGCCACUUUAGCCAGUGUAGCCCCAGUGUUUACUGUGACAAAAUUUGAUGAAGGGGGAAAUGUUACUUCUUUUGAGAAGAAGAAGACUGACUUAUAUCAAGAGUUAGGCCUACAAGCCAGAGAUCUGAGGUUUCAGCAUUUAAUGAGCAUCACAACAAGAAACAAUAGAGUCAUCAUAAGAAUGGAGUAUUUGAAAGCUGUGAUAACUCCCGAGUGUCUUCUCAUAUUAGAUUAUCGUAAUUUAAAUUUAGAACAAUGGUUAUUCCGAGAACUCCCUUCACAGUUGGCUGGAGAGGGCCAGCUUGUUACAUACCCUUUACCUUUUGAGUUUAGAGCUAUAGAAGCACUCCUGCAAUAUCGGAUCAACACCCUUCAGGGGAAACUUAGCAUUUUGCAGCCACUGGUCCUUGAGACAUUGGAAGCUUUAGUGGAUCCCAAACAUUCUUCUGUAGACAAAAGCAAACUUCAUGUCUUACUGCAGAAUGGCAAAAGUCUAUCAGAGUUAGAAACAGAUAUUAAAAUUUUCAAAGAGUCGAUUUUGGAGAUCUUAGAUGAAGAAGAGUUGCUGGAAGAGCUCUGUCUAACAAAAUGGAGUGACCCGCAAGUCUUUGAAAAGAGCAGUGCUGGCAUUGACCACGCAGAAGAGAUGGAGUUGCUGCUGGAAAACUACUACCGAUUAGCUGACGAUCUUUCCAAUGCAGCUCGGGAGCUUAGGGUGCUGAUUGAUGAUUCACAAAGUAUAAUAUUCAUUAACCUGGACAGCCACCGUAAUGUGAUGAUGAGGUUGAACCUGCAGCUGACCAUGGGAACCUUCUCUCUUUCGCUCUUUGGACUAAUGGGAGUGGCUUUUGGAAUGAACUUGCAGUCUUCCCUUGAAGAGGACCAUCGGGUGUUUUGGCUGAUUACAGGAAUUAUGUUUAUGGGAAGUGGCCUAAUCUGGAGGCGUUUGCUGUCAUUCCUUGGACGCCAGCUUGAAGCUCCUUUGCCUCCUCUGAUGGCAUCUUUACCUAAAAAGGCAGAUAGAAGGUUGGAAUUGAAACACAGCUUCCGACCGGAUGGACUUGGAUCAAGCAGGAAUGUCCUAACAAACCGUUAGGAAAUACCCACUGGCAACUGGUAUUUUUCAUGGUAGUCAUUAGAAACUCCUCUUAUUCUUAUGACUUUCUUUUAUAGAUUCAGGGACUUGGAAAAAAAUGCUGAUAUUUAAAAUAUAAUGCCUGAUGAUAAAAAUAAUGGCAGUCACCAAACUUCAUUGCUGUCUCAGAAUUCUGAGGACAGAAAGUGCUUGCUUCAAAAGGCCAAAAUUCUAUUUCCUGUAAAUUUAAAAGGCUGUUUUUAUAGACAUGAGAAUUGUAAAGUGUUAACACAAGUUAUAUUUUAAUUUAUACCUAGCAAGAAAAGUUCAAUUUAAUGCCUAAUAAAGCCUGGAAACUUGACACACACACAGUUUUUCGAUCACAUAGCCCCUUCUUACCACAACGAAUUAUAUUCUUGUGAAUUUUCUCACUCCACAGGUCACUACAAAGCUAGUAAAAAUGUAUUGACCUUAAAAUAACUCUGGAAGUUUGUGCUUUAAACCUUGACUUAUAGUUGCCUUUUUUUGAGGUGAAUAAAAAGGAAAUACUUUAACAUGAGCUUUUGAUAAUACUUAACAUUUCACAGAGCACUCUUUGGCACUCCUUAAAACUCAUCACUGUAAAAUAAAGUAGUAUUAUUAUACUUAACUGUGACAUAGGAAGAAUUAGAAGCUCAGAGGGCAAAAUGUGAUUUAACUAAUCAGGUAUAGGAUAGAAUGUUGGUCAUUUUUCCUUGUGUUCUUAGUUUAUAAACUUUUUUUUUGAUAAGUCUGUUUUUUAUUGGAAAAAGGGAAAAUAAAUGCAGCUACCUCAUUAAGUCUCAUAAAGGGAAGUCACCGAUGUUUGAUAAAAUUUGCGAAGGUGCUUAGAUCAAAUCUGAUUUGAUCUAACUUUCAAACUCAACUAGCUCUGCUUUGGUGAUUUCAGGAUACUUCUUAUAAAGUUCCCUUUAAUAAAACAGCCUACGCAAAAAAAAAGUUGAUUGGUUUUAAAGUUUAAGUUAAAAUAAUAAAUUGAGCACAUAAAGUACUAUUUGAAAGUAAAGUGAUGGAAUAAAUGCCAAACUUAAUUAUGUAAUUAAUCUUAGCCCCCUUUUAACAUGUGAAAUGCAUAAUAUGACACCCUUAAUAGACUACAUUUGCUUUUGGAAAUCCUCUUAAAGUGUGCAGAAUACAUGUCAUUUUCGGAUGCUAAUAACACUUGCUUUAUUCUUGAUAAAUAUAAACUGUGUUGAAUAAAGUUAAACAAUCUCAUAUUAUAAAGCUGUUUAUUUUGGUCAGUUGCCCCAAAAGUUGUACACAUCUUUAUUAUUUAGAAUUGCAAUAUUAAGCUCACGCUUUAAAUAUAAGAUUUACUUUCAUUUACUUCAGUAAUAUCUACAGAGUGGUCUCAUGGGUGAUGCAUGGGAUAUGGGCUUCAGAAACAUCAGUUGAUCCCCAAACUUAAAUCAUAUUUAUUCUCUUAGAUCUGUGAUGCAAAGGCAUAAAAUAAUUUUGAUCUUAAAGUUGAAAAUUGUUACAUAUAUACACAUAAUAAACACUGUAAAGCUGUAAAUGUGAUUUGCCAUCUUGAAAUAAAAGUAAUUUUGACUUAAAUGGCAUAAAAUUUAAGAUUUGUAUUAAUGAGAGCAUAAAACCCUACCAGGUAUUUCCAUUUUUGUUCCUCUACAUUUCAGAGUGAAUGCUUUAGAACUACAGUUAAUACUUAGUAGAAUGAAAAAUUAAUCCACCUACCAGAGUAAUACAUUUGAUAGUCACACAGAUUUUUUUUUCCUGAGUGCCAGGUUCUUACAUAUCUGCCAUACAGGUUUUCCUUCACCAAUAAGAGCGCAGUUUACAUCAUUUCUUACUAUGGGGUUAGUAUGGUUAAAUGUCCUGUAUGAAAACUUGCUUACGAUUGGUAAUUUUAAUCUUCUGCAGCUGGGGGUUGCUACCUGGUAUGUUCAGACAUUAUAAAAACUCGGGUAAUAAUGAUGGUUUAAGCAUGAGUCCUAUCAUGUGAUAAUUGAUAUAAUAAUGACAAAGUACACAUUUUUCUAAAGGAAAGAUCUAGUACAGAGAGAAACACUUCUGACUGAAAUGCAAUGUCAUCAGUUUGUUCUUCACCCAGGCUUCUUGAGAAACAUCUACGUAACUCCUUGUCGUUUAAUAUCAGGCUUCCUUUUAAUUAAAAACACUUCCUGAGAUGAGUUGCCAAUAAUUGUCACCCAAACUAAGCCAGUUUCCACAGGGAAAAAUGCAGCAGCUUAUCUCUUCCAGAAAGAUGGGACAAUGCCAGGAGUGAGCCAGGGGUGCUGUCUAGCUGCAUGCCUAGUCAUGUUCUUUUCCUGUAUAGACUCACUUUAUGCUCACAAUUGUAACUUUUAAUUUUAGUUGAUUUCUAAUUUACCUUUAUGCUUCACUGGACGCCUCUGACCAUCUACUUCUGCCUCUAGGAAAACUGAGACAGGCUCUUGCCCUGUGUUAUUUUCUCCCGUUUUUAGUUUCCUUUCACUGAUAGCAGAAGAAGUUCUCCCCUGAUUAAUAGAGAAUCAAAUAGUUACGUUUACAGAUAACCCUGUAAUUUUGUAGUAAAACUAAAACCCCAUGAUGCAUUCCUAGUCCUUAAAUAUGCCUGCACGCCUAAUGGGCGAAACCACGCUAUUAAACCAGCCCGGGAAGAAGGAAAGCCAAGCCUGCCCCACUCCUCUUGGUCACGCUACUGCCUUUGGCUCAGCCCAGAUCUCUCUUGUCUGCUUUCGUUCUGUUGGCACAACUUGUGGCAUCUAAUGCAACAGAGGCCACUCUCGGGGUGACUGACUUAGCAUUCUCUACAUUUGUCCUUCACUAGAGGGAACAUUAAAAAUAAUUCUCGUUCAGAAAUGACCGCAUCAUUUACAUGAUUUGAGAGUUGUGAGAUCAUUCCUCACACCCCCAUACUUUUUUCCUCAUUCUGCUGUUUCUCUGCACUGUUUGACCCUGUUCUAUGCUAUGGCAUUUUGAUUAGAGAGGCACCAAUUUUAAAGGACAUCUUUAGAAGAAAUUGUAUAUAGAGGUUUUCCUAAAAGAAACAGAAGCCUUUCUAGGCCCCAGAAAGAUAGGGAUUCAUGUGAAGGAAGAAAUACGUUGUACAAAAGGGCAUGAAUAACCACUGUCUGCCACUUCCCAUAUUUCUGACGUCGUCAUAAUGUGUCGUAUGUCCAGAUAGUCUGGCUGUGUAUGUCUUCACUCCCAGGAGCCUCAUCUCUAUCUAGAAGCAUCUACAAAGGCUCCACUGGUCAUGACAGUUUGUCCACCAGACCUCUCACCUUGGAGAUGACGUGGCAGGAGAAAGGGAGGGGUAGAUAGGAAAAGCGAAAUCUUUAAUCUAAGCCAAGGCUGUAGAUGUGGAGGGCGCCUGAGAGCCGGGCUCCAAAAGAACUCCUUCCGGCAGCAAUGACCACUUGAUUCUGUAGAGAACAUGAAACAAUUCAUUAUUCAUCACUACUGUUACAUUCCUGCUAUAGUCCAGGCAUCGUGUUAGGCUCUGGACAUCCAGACACAGGUAAGAGACUGGCUACACCCUAUGUUGCUCACUCUCAAAAUAUCUCCUUUCCCUCAGCUUAAAACCACUUUGACCCUUCAGUAGGUUAGAAACCAACCACAGCGAAGGAAGUUCACUACAGCCCCCUCUCUGGCACACAGAGAAUAAAGAACAUGUUCAUUCUGGUUUUCUAGUGGAGGUACAUGACAGACAGCAGACCUGGAAUAAUGAUGAUUGUCAGAAGGGGCUGCCUUUGUCAGUGUGUUUGCAACACUUCUACUGCCCCUGCUGCUAAGAUCCAUCCUUCAGAAUUCCUUUCAAAGCCUGGUACAAAUUAUUUUUAAAGAUUUAUUUAUUGAUGCAUACAAGAUUUAUUUAUUGAUGGGUACAGGCCAGAGGUACGGGAGGUGAGAGGACUCACCAGAGACAGAGUGGGAAACAGAACGGCAGACUGAGUGAAAUACACUGCUGAGGGGAGCAGUGGGCAAGACAGGAAAGGUCUGCCUUGCCAUAUGGGUAGCUCCCUGGCUAACUAGGAUCAAACUCAUGCUGCAGAGGCUGCGGAUAGCUUCACAGUGCUGGGCUUAACCCCUUGCGCCACUAGGGAGCCCCAAGCCUGGUACAAGUUUUUAAACAUUUUCAUUGGUGGCAAAUCUAUAUGCUUUGAGAUUGGAUUUCAUUUUUGGAAACCACCAAGAGAUAUUCUGAACAAAGGCUGGUAAGUGAGGUGUAAAAAAUAUUUUCAUAUGCCUACUGGCUGGCUGUCUUUAGAGAAAUGUCUGUUCACAUUCCCUGCCCAUUUGUCAUUCCAUGUAGUUUAUUUCCACUCUGAUUUUUAUUAUUUCCUCCCUUCUACAGACUUUUGGUUUCAUUUCUAGUUCCUUUUUUUUUUUUUUCAUUUCUAGUUCCUUAAGGUGUAAGGUUAGAUUAUUUGAGUUCUUGUUUCUUAUAGGCCUGUAUUACUAUACACUUCUCUCUUAGUACUCCUUUUACUGUUUUGCAUUUGUCCUAGGCAUUUUUAACUCAUCUCCAGGUAUUUUUUAAUUUCCUUGAUUUUUCUCAUUAACCCAACAGUCAUUCAGUAGUAGUAUUCAGUCUCCAUAUAUUAGAGAUUUUACUGGUUUGGAUUUCUAGUUUGAUACCAUUGUAAUCAGAGAAGAUAAGAUACCUGAUGUGACUUCAAUAUUCAUGAAUUUGUUGUCAGUUGGUUUAUGACCCAAAAUGUGGUCUAUCCUUGACAGUGUUCCAUGUACUCUUCAGAAUAAUGUGUACUCAGCUCUAUAGUACCCUUAAAUGUUUAGUCCAUCUGGUCUUACCAAUUUUUCCUUGUUGAUUUUCUGUCUGAUUUGUCCAUUAAUAUAGGUUGAAGUCCCCUAUUUUUUAAGAUGUUAAUAGUUGUCAUAUAUUUUGAUGCUUCUUCAUUUGGUAUAUAUGUGUUGAUGAGUGUUAUACAACAUCUGAUGUAUUGGGGCCUCCACUGGUGGUCCAGCGGUUGAGCACUGGGCUGCAAAGC